AUGUCCUUCCGGGUGGCGGCACAGCUGGCAGCCGCCAAGGAAAUCAUCGCGGAACAGAUGCCGUGGAAGUCGUGGAUGGUGUGGACUUGCGUGCUGCUGGAAGUUGGGAGCUUGCCACUUCUGGUUCAGCUUGGAUACUUCACACACCCCGCAAUGCUUAUGAUUCCAUUCUUCUUGCAGGCAGCUAUCGGCUCCACGCGCAUGGGAUCAGUGAGAAUCAUCAAUGUGUUUGAUCCACGAAGAAUCAUUUACUCCACAUUAUUUUGCCAGUCAUACUCUGCAUUUGGCCUGUCGAGAAGGCAAGCAUCAGCUCGUUUCUUCUUCGUUGCUGGCACAUUGCUGAAAGGUUUAUGCUUGCUUCUGCCGGUUCUAAUUUCUACGGGCAUCGAACUGUGUGAAGCCUCAGGAUUACACCUUCACCACUUUCAAGGAAGGCCAGACUGGGUCAGCAGCGAACCACUGGAGCAUAAAUAUUCAGAUUGGUGGAAGGUGGAAGACUACUCAAACUGGUCACGACACCACCGAAAUGAUCUUUGCAGCGGCGGCACUCAUUUAGAUGAGGACUUGCCAGCAGGUUUUUACGCCAUUUGCGACACCGAGCACAGAUGGGCGGCGAUCUCGUGUGGUUUCGAUGGGUUUGCGGCAUGCGCACUGAACUACACCGCUUGCUAUAAAGAACUGGUCUUCAAUGAUGACACCUUCUACAUGUUGGACAGACCAGUGCCUCAAAUGCUACAGGUGUCUUGCUACCAGGGAGAUUUUGAUGCGAUGCUUUACCAGAGAUGCGCUGGCAGAACUUCAUUUGUUAACACAUGCAACGCGCGGGCAAUCCAGUGCCGAAGUUCAUAUGUUGCCCGGAGCCUCUUCGACAUGAUAUUUUUUGCAUAUCUGCUGCUUCCGUCGUGUGCCUUGUUUGCUUUGCUACUGGUCAGCUGUUUCAGAGCUUGGCGGUCCCGUGAAUGCCUCCUCACAGACACUCAAGAAUGCAGAGAACUCCGGAAAACCAUUCGUCGAAGGGCCAAGCAGCUUGAACAGGACAUGCAACAGCGCAACGCGACAUGGACGGAGCGUGCUCGAGCCUUUUUCAGGCUUUUGAUGUUUUGCGGCGACUUGGCCUCUGACGGGCUUUGUCUUGUGUUUUCCAUUGUUACCAAGCAGUACGCGUUUGCUGUGUGCCAGGGAAUUUUAAUUUUCCUCACAGUCAUUUCCGAACUCCUCAAAGGAGGUCCCCGAGAGUUCCUUGAGGCUUUCAGGGACUUCAGCAAGACAGGCACACCGACGGACAAGUAUUUGUCCAUCUUGCAGGCAGAACAAGGUCUUGAAGCUCCAUUGUCGUUUUUGUUGCAGUACUACUCUGUUUUCUUCACGGCAAACGAAGGAGCUUUCUUGACCCUUUGCGUUUCUAUUUGCAUGAGCAUCUAUGGUAUCUCCAAAGGAGUCUACGAGAACUUACAUUUGAACCUCGAGGCGGCCUUCGACGAAGUCGAGGAGCUGGCCGAUUCAGAGGGAUCUUCACCUUCGAGGACGCCUGUCUCGCACCCUCCACGGAUGCUCGGAUUCGAUGCCGAUGCCACCGAAUCAGCAGCGUCCGUGCUCCCGCCGCCGCCGGGCCUUAAGCCCACCGUGGCAGCAGCACCCUCUGCGCCGCCGCCGCCGGGGCUGUCCAACGGUAUGGCCGCGGCCAUUGCGCAGCCGGCGGCGCCGGUGGGGCCAGUGCAGCUGGGAGCUUUUGCGAAAGACACCGAGUGA